CUGUUAAGAAUAAUGUGCCUGGGCUUAGGAUCGGGGUCUGGUGAAGGGGCUGUCUGUAGGCGCCAUGUCAGGCCGCGAAGGUGGCAAAAAGAAGCCCCUGAAACAGCCCAAGAAGCAGGCUGAGGAGAUGGACGAGGAAGACGAGGCUUUCAAGCAGAAACAGAAAGAGGAGCAGAAGAAACUUGAGGAGCUAAAAGCCAAGGCCGUGGGCAAGGGACACUUGGCCACAGGUGGAAUUAAGAAAUCUGGCAAAAAGUAAGCUGUUCCUCAUAUCUGAGAUGAUGGUGAGCCUCUUCCCUUCCUAUUUAAACAUCUGGAUUCCCUGCCAUAAAAUCUUUACCACCUACAGCUAGAAUGAAGUGUUAUCCUGGAGCCUGCUGUACAUUGUAAUAAACUUUUGUAAAAAAAAAAAAAAAAAUUAUAAUAAUAAAUAAUA